AUGGCUGCAGUUGUGAGCAGGGGUAAAGCAGCUGGUGAUAUCCCUCUUGAGUACCACACGUCGGUGAAUCCCUUCUUUCUGGCCAUGAGCAAAUUUCGUCGUCGAAGGUGGCAAGAGGCCAUUGACAUAUGCAGCGACCUUUUGAAAAAGAACCCGAGGGACGAGUCGGCAUGGUUCCUCAAGUGCCGAGCGCUGACGAUGAAGAACUUCAUAGACGACCUGGAGUGCGAUGAGGACCCUCUCGGGGAUCUGCUCAUGGAGGAUAACGUCAUUAAUUCAGCACCGCGACCGGGUACGAGCCUGAUGAGAGCGUCGGGCAGGGCUACUGGGAAGCUUCGCCCGACCAGCGCCAGUGGCAGACCAAUAACUGGCUUUGCGAGGCCUGGAACUAACAGUAACUAUGGAGUUCAACAAUUGACGAUCAACGUUCAUGUAGGCGGCCGAGUUCCACAAUCAGCUACGGGUCGAGACCAACUGACCACGGCUCUGCAGCAGCUCAAUAGAGGCGUCGGUGGUAGGCCCAUGACUUCCUCCAUGGGCCGUCCCACGACGAGCCUUGGGCGCUUGGUAGGACAGCAGUUCGUCCAUAACCGAGGUCUAGCGAAAGCGUUGAUGGACUACCUCGUCUUUGUACUGCGCGAUGUGGGGAAGGCGGCAGAGUUGGCCAGUGAAGCUACCAAGCAUUGUGACUAUGAGGAUUGGUGGUGGAAGGCCAGAUUGGGCAAGUGCUACUUCCAUCUUGGCUUACUCCGCGACGCUGAGAAGCAGUUACUGUCUGCACUCAAGGCCAGUGAUGGGAUACUCACAUCAAUGGAGCUUGCUAGAGUCUACCUCAAGCUUGAUCAGCCCCUGGCGGCUAUUGACGCUUACAAGAAGUCAUCACUUCAAUAUCCUGGAGACCCCAGUGUUAGACUGGGCAUUGCUCGAGUGGCGGCUGCUAUUGGAGAUGAGCCGGCUAGCAUUGAGGUUUACAAAGAGGUAUUGCAUCUCGAUCCGGUCAAUUGCGAGGCCAUAGCGUCAUUGGCGGCUCAUCACUUCUACAACGACCAGCCAGAAGUUGCUCUGCGAUAUUAUAGGAGACUAUUGCAGCUUGGCGUGCUCGCGAGUCCUGAGCUUUGGAACAAUCUCGGCCUUUGCUGCUUCUACGGCCAACACUACGACCUUUGCCUCACAUGCAUGGAGAGAGCUUUGAUGUUCGCUGAUGAUAAGACUCUAGGAGAUGUCUGGUACAACAUCGGCCAUAUAGGAAUUGGUGUUGGCGAUCUGGAUUUCGCUUACCAAGCCUUCAAGGUGUCAGUGUCCUACGAUAGCAGUCAUGCGGAGAGCCUUAACAAUCUCGGGGUCCUCGAGCUGAGGAAAGGCAAUGUUGAAUCGGCAAAAAGUCUUUUCCACAGCUCUAUGGGUGCCGAUGGUAGUCUCCACGAACCCUCGUACAAUGCCAGCUUGACUUACUAUGAUGAAGGCAACGUACGGGCAUGUCUGAAUAACCUCAAUGCAUCUUUGGACAAGUUCCCUGAGCACGCCGGUUCUAACGAGUUGAUGAACAUGUUGAAAGAGAAGCUCAUGGAGUUGUGA